AUGCCAUCAUUGAACAGUCGAGCUCUUCCUUCCGGUUACGUCCUUCAUGACGGGUACCCUUCAACCCCUGAAUACCUACAUCUCCGCUCCGCUGCGGGCUUAUCAGCCAAGACCCCUUCCCAGGCUGCUGCGAUCUCCACGGGGAGCUGGUACGGAUGCUACAUGGCAUUUGAAGAGAACGGCUCAAUUCCAAAGACAGUUGGUAUGGGGAGAAUCAUAGGAGACGGCGGCUGGUACUUUCCGUGA